AUGCUUAAUAAUGGUACAAAGAAGUUGGAUCAUAUUUUGAAUAUUGGCAAGACAGAUAAGUGUGGCCUUGGAUAUGAAGGAAAAGUGUCAAAUUCGGAUCCAGUGUUUGUUUCAAGUGGAAAAAUUACGUCUGCAUCAGGAACUGUGUCAGAGACUGCUUCAAAGACUGUUUCAGAGAACGUAUAUGUGAAAGAGCAUAGUAAAAGGAUUUUCGAAUUGCAGAGUGCACCUAGACAAGUUUUUCGACCUGUUUGCCAUCAUUGUGGUGUUGUUGGGCAUAUUAGGCCAAGAUAUUUCAGAUUGUUGAGAGAGAGGAGCCAAAUGGAUAAUGCUUAUGAUGUAAGGUUUCAAGGUCCUACAUGUUAUCAUUGUGGAGUUCAAGGACAUCUUACGAGGAAUUGUUUCAGGUUCAUUCAAGAGGUUAUAUGGAGGUCUAAGGCGCAAGAAGAUAUGGGUUCGAUCCCUGGCUUCAAUGGGAUAGAGUCAUUGCCAAAAGAAGUCGGUAAGAUGAUAUCUGAAAGAGGAUAUAUUGUAAAACGGGCACCACAGAGAGAAGUAUUUGGACAUCCUGUAGCGGGAGGCUUCUGGACCCACUGUGGAUGGAACUCAAUACUCGAGAGCAUAGCAGAAGGAGUUCCAAUGAUUUGGUUUCAGGUGGAAGGUAGUAAAGUGGAUAGAGGAGAGGUUGACAGAGCUGUGAAGAGGUUGAUGGUGGAAAACGAAGGAGCCGGGAUGCAGGAGAGAGCCCUUGGUAUAAAACAGAAGCUAAAAGCCUCUGUCAAAAGUGGGGGUACCUCAUACAACGCGUUUAAUGAGCUUGUCAAGUAUCUGAAGACAAUGUGA